CGAUAGUCGAUACCCAACCCUGCUUUUAUGUACAACCACAGUUCACCUUCCACAUUGGUUUGUUUUGAAUGUUAUUAUCAGGGAUGAUCCCUGUUUUUCCGAAUUAUUCGCUAUUGGAAUAUUUGCUUUAUUAUUUAAGUUCCCACGAUGCGAUUUUUAGAACUUUUCAGCGGCAUUGGUGGCAUGCACGUAGCCCUAAAAGAAAGCGGAAUAGAUUUUGAAGUAGUGCUUGCUGUAGACAUAAACGAAGUCGCAAACAAAGUCUACAAGUAUAAUUUUCCAGAAACAAAGCUCCUCCAAAAAAACAUUCAGUCGCUUACAAAAACUUUCAUCGAUGAGUUGGACAUCAAUGGGAUUUUGAUGAGUCCACCUUGUCAGCCGUUCACCAGGCUGGGAAACAAGAAAGAUAUUGAGGACAAGAGAUGUUCAGCAUUGUCACAUUUGACUGACUUGAUCCCUGAGCUUGAUACAAAGCUUAAGUACAUACUGCUUGAAAAUGUGAAAGGAUUUGAAGUUUCUGAGGCUAGAAAUGCUUUGGUUAAACGUUUAGAAGGCAGUUUUGAAAUCAGGGAGUUCCUUUUGACUCCAUUGAAUUUUGGCAUACCAAACAGCAGACUUAGAUAUUACUUAUUGGCUAAAAGAAAGCCUUUAGAAUUUAAAUUCGAUAAUAAACUUCACACUUUCAUACCAGGGAGUAAAGAAGAAUUGGUGAAAGACAUCAGCAAAUAUAUAGAAUUGAGUGACAACAAUGAAAACAAUGAUUACACUCUUUCGCUAGAAACCCUCGCUAAACGAGUAUGGGUGAUUGACAUCGUAAAUAAAACAUCUAAAAACUCCUGUUGUUUUACAAAAUCAUAUGGGCGAUUUUUGGAAGGCACAGGAUCGUUGUACUCGCCCUUGCAAGCGAAUAGAAUUGCAGAGAUAAGAUCAUCAUUGAGAGACUGCGAAAAGGAGAGUUUCAACAAAGCCUUGUCCUCGUUGAAGCUGAGGUAUUUUACACCGACAGAAGUCAAAAGGCUUAUGUGCUUCAACAAAGAGUACAGUUUUCCUGACUCUGUGACUUUAAAACAGACGUACAAUCUACUUGGGAACAGUGUGAAUGUUAAAGUUGUUUCAGAAUUGUUAAAAGUUUUAAUAAAUGAUUGAUUUAUGUAUAAAUUA